CUUGUUGUUGUAAAUAAUUUAAAAACGAUGUGAAAGUGGUAGCACUGGUUUCUAGCACAGAUCCCUCCGCCCCCCCUCAUAGACCUGAAAGAAGCGGCGGAGGGAUAAAGUAGUUCCCUCUAAACACAUGAACAGACAUCGUGCACGGCACCACCUGCCAACACAACUCUUCCAUGAAAACCUCUGAUUCUCUGCUUUUUCUAUCAAAACUAAACAUUUAAAAGUGGAUCUUUUUACGGAAUUGGUAUUUACUUAGUUAAUGAAAGGACCGGAUACGGUGAUGGAGGCGGUGCGAGGAGGGGGGGGCGGGGCUGACCUGCAGAGGGAGUGUGAUGAAGAGGAGCAGCAGGUUUCCUCUCAGGACACAGAGAAGAAGAAAGAUGGAGGACACCAUGAAGCUGCUGACCAGCUGACGGAGGACGGUGGGAACGCCAUCCCAGUUCAACCAGUCAACAACUGUAGCCCCCCCCCACACAAGCACACACACACAGACACGCACAGCAACACACACAACCACACAGACACACACAGCAACACACACAACCACACACACACAGACACACACAACCACACACACAACCACACACACACAGACACACACAGCAACACACACAACCACACACACAACCACACACACAACCACACACACAGCGACACACACAGAGACACACACAACCACACACACACACACAGAGACGCACACAGAGACACACACAACCACACACACAACCACACAUACAGUGACACACACAGAGACACACACAGAGACACACACAGUGACACACACAGUGACACACACAUUGACACACACAGUGACACACACAGAGACACACACAGAGACACACAUAGUGACACACACAGAGACACACACAGUGACACACACAGAGACACACACAGUGACACACACAGAGACACACACAGUGACACACACAGUGACACACACAGUGACACACACAGAGACACACACAGUGACACACACAGAGACACACACAGUGACACACACAGUGACACACACAGUGACACAUACAGUGACACACACAGUGACACACACAGUGACACAUACAGUGACACACACAGUGACACACACAGUGACACAUACAGCCUCACAGCCGACGACAGCGUGAAGUCUUCAGGUCCUCUCAGCUUCAAGGUGAACGGUCUCCUCGUCUCUCUGUCUGGUGGCGCUGCAGAGCUGAAGCUGUGUUCUCAUCCUGGAGGUUCACUCAGCGGGUUCACCACGGUUCAGAUCCCCGUCACCCCUAGAGUCCACAAACCUGCAGAGACUACCACCUCCCCCAGCGCUCCUCCUGCUGGCCCCGCCCCCAGCGCUCCUCCUGCUGGCCCCGCCCCCAGCGCUCCUCCUGCUGGCCCCGUCCCCAGCGCUCCUCCUGCUGGCCCCGCCCCCGUCAUCACAGGCGUGGUCUCAGGUGAAGCUGCUCAGAGGGUCGUCAGUGACCACGGUGUCCACCUCAGAUCCCGCCCCUGGCUGACGGGGAAGAAGACCCCAUGCACCAUGCCCACCUCAUCCAGGAAGAAACAGGACACACCUGCAACCUCUCACAGACUGCUGGAGGAAGGUCAGCAGCACGUCCCUCCACCUGACUGUCCGGUCUGCAGGUCUCAGUACCACUUCAUCACAGAGCUCCGAGGAUUCAUGUGUCUGUGCAGCACUGCGAUCGCUCUAAGUCUGAAGCUCCUGAAGAAGAAGAAGAGGAGGGGGAGGAGUCAGCACAGGAGGACCAGGAUGUUUAAAUCCCCCAGAGACCCCCACAUCUCCAGACCUCCAGGGGCCAAGACCCAACCAGGACCCCCUGCUGUGAUCCACCGACUCCCUGAUGACAUCACCAGCCCCACCCCCCUCACAUCUAAGGGCAGCCCCUCCCAGCAGGACACGUGGGAACCUCCACUGGACCCCCAUCACUGUAAACUGGUGAUACUGGUGGACGACUUCUACUAUGGCUCCGCCCCCGGACGACCCCGCCGCAACAAUGUGAUGCACGCCGGAAACAAAGGACCGUAUACCUGCAUCCACUGUCAGAGCACGCUGCACAACAACAUCGAUUUGAUGAGUCACCUGAAGCUCCACAUGCAGACGUCUGAGAUGCAUGCAUGCAGAUGUCCUCACUGCUAUCGAUACUUCACCUCCUCUUUCAGACUGCAGUGCCACCUGGAGGCCGUGCACAGACAGUGCGAGUCCACAGCUAAAUGUAAGAUCUGUGAGCGCGCAUUUGGCAGUGAGGCGGCGUUCCUGUUGCACAUGAAGAGCAGGCACAAACCAGGAGAGAUGCCAUACGCCUGCCAGGUGUGUGACUUCAGGUCGUCCUUCCACUCAGACCUCUGGUCCCACUUUGAGCUCAGUCACAAAGACACCAAAUACCUGCUGUGUCCGUUCUGUGUGAGAGUGAUAAGCACCUCGGCCUUCUACCAGCAGCACAUCUCCCGACACCAGAGGAAGUACGUGUUCGGGUGUGAUCAGUGCCGUCUCCACUUCCUGUACGUUAAAGAGCGUAUUCAACACAAACAGAUCCACCACAGAACCCACAUCAAACCUGCUCAGCUGACCGGACUCAAACCUGGAACCAAGGUGACUGUGAGGAUGUACUCUCUGACUAGACGAUCAGAGACUGAAGAGGGACUGAAGAAAUCGUCUCCAUUUAAGGUGGUGGACGUGGGCUCGCUCCCGCCCCGACAGGAAGCUCCUCAGAGGAAGCUGGUGGAGAGUCUGGGAGGACUGCUGUCCACGCUGAGCCAGGAGAGUAUGUCAGCUGAUGUCUCUCUCUCUCUCUCAGUAUGUCCGCUGAUGUCUCUCUCUCUCUCUCUCUCAGUAUGUCCGCUGAUGUCUCUCUCUCUCUCUCUCUCAGUAUGUCAGCUGAUGUCUCUCUCUCUCUCUCAGCUCAGUAUGUCAUCUGAUGUCUCUCGCCCCGCCUCUCUCUGUGUGGAGUGUCUGUCUUCAGUCCAGGACUUCUCGUCUCACUUCCCGUCUCUGGUGCGCUGCUCGCUCUGCAGCUUCGUCACCUGCUGCUGCACGGCGUACGCCAACCACAUGAUCAAUAACCACGCAGUCCGCAGGAUGGCUCCUCAGUACAGCAGUCUCUUCCUGACUCAGCCCAGGUUGUUGGAGGCUUUGAAUUGUGUGUCGUGUACGUUUUCCACCUGCAGAGGAGACAUGAUGGCAAAUCAUCUGACAGAGAAACCAGACCACUGCUGCAUCAUGUUACUUAACAAAGACCUCGCUCCUCCAGAGGAAACUCCUGCAGGCGAGCAGACCUGUGAUGAAGUGUUCGCUCCGUUGGAAGAAGACUUGGACGGGUCGGAGGACCAGAAGCCGGACCUGCAGGAGUGGAGACCAUGUGAUCCGGCGGCGGCGGCGUUCAGUUCCUCGGACCCUCACAGUUUGGAUGUCUCCAACAGGAUGUUCCUUUACCGUCUGAUCGACGAUCGUGGUCAGUCACAUGACGUCUGUAACGACCUCCUCCUCACAUCUUACAGUCCCAUCACUCAGACUCCUCCCAUCAGGACACGCCCCCCGCCGCCCAGUGUGGCGGCCCCUGCAGACCCGUCUGUCCCCGUGAAGCUGGAGGAGAUCUACCAACACAUCGAGUCGUUUCAUCCGUCUGUGAGUCAUUACAGCAGAAAUCACUCUCAGGACCACCGCUUCCUGCCCACCGACGUCUCGCUGCAGCUCAUGUACCAAGACUUCGCAGCCAAUCACAGGACGUCUUUCAAACGGUACCAGAAGGCGGUGGAGAGCUACAACGUGCACCUGGGCCGGCCGGGGGAGGAGCCUUGCGAGCUGUGUCUGCGGCAAGAGCAACACAUGGCGAUCCGACACCGCGACCUGAAGGCCCCGCCUCCACACUGCGCCAUCUGCCAGAAGUGGGCGGAGCAUAAGGAGCGAGGGGGCAAAGGGCAACGCCACUUCAAGCAGGACGCGAAGAAACCACAGAGCGACCAGCUGUCCAUCCGCAGAGUCGACCUCCAGCAGGUCAUCCUGCUACCCAGAAUGCCCGGCGAGAAGGCGGCGCACACCACCAGACGGAUCAGCGCCUUCCACGAGACGUUCGCCUCGGUGUCGCAGAAGAAGAAAAGCAUCUCUGUGAUCUGGCACGAGGGCGUGGCGCUGAGGAAGGCGGAGGAGGUGGCGUCUGCGUACGUGGUCGCUCUGCAGAGGGAGCGUGACGUCGCUCACAUCGUGCUGUGGCUGGACGGCUGCACGCUGCAGAACAAGAACUCAUGUCUCAUAACCACGAUGGUUACCAUGGUGAACCUGGACUCGAACCGCAUCCAGGACGUGACGCUGAAGUACUUUGAGCCCGGCCACACCUUCACGCGCUCCUCGUGUUUCCACCAGGUGUUGGAGAAGGAGCUGCAGCGGCAGCCGGGCGGCAGAGUCCUCGACUUCCAGCACUUCAAGAGGGCGCUGUCCGCCGCUCGCUUCGGGAACGUGGACGUGGUCGAGCUGCAGAACGAAGACAUCCGGGCGUGGACUGAGGGAAACUCCCGCAGGAAGGUGAUGAACACGCCGCCGCUGCCAGACCUCGCUCAGAUCCAGUUCAGGAGGGGGUCCAGGUGCAUGUGGGUCAAACUGUCACAUGACCCGGGAGACUUCAUACCGGUGGACUUCCUGAGGAAUAAAACCCGCCUGACGGUCCCCGAGCUGCUCCGUCCUGCAGAGAGGGGCGUGGCCUGGAGGAAGAAGGCGGACAUCUUGACAAACAUCUGUCCUCUGAUGCCUCCUCGCAGCCGCCUGUUCUGGGAGAGUCUGUCUGAAAACACAGAAGAAGAAGAAGAAGAAGAAGAAUGCUGUUUGAAUAUGUGUCUGACGAUCUGUAAACACAUCAGUGGGGUUUGUUGCCCUGAGCUCAGGCUCACAGGCUGUCAGGCUCAGACGAGAGACAGAAGAGCAAAGAAGAACAACACACACUACAGUGUGAAACCAUCGGGAGCCUUCAUCCCCCUCCACCUCCUCCCCUCUGGACCCUCUGGACACGCCCACUCCUCUACCCAGCUGUCAGUCAAACUGCUCUCCUCCCCCUCCCCCCUCUCCUCCCCCCCCGUCAUGACCAUCACUUUCCUGGGUCCCCGUCAGAGAUCUGGCCAGGUGAGAGCUGGCCAGGUGAGAGCUGGGGCGUCUCCUCUGUCCUGCUCCCAGCUCUCCGUGGUCCUCCUCGCUCUGUGUCAUGGCGUCCAUCACGCCGCCCUCACAUCCCACACGCCUCCUCUCACCAUCGCCUCCUGGAUCUGGCAGCAGGAGCGCCAGCUGUCGGACAGGAAGUGGCUGUGGAGGACGGAGAAGGUGGCGUUGUGGGUGCUGGGUCAGAGGGAGCAGCAGCUGGAGGUGAGCAGAGACGUCCUGCUGCAGACGGCGAGGGCGGCUCUGGGAGAGGACAGCGGCCUGAUGGAGCGUUACAGCUGGAGCGUGGACUUCCUGUUGAGACACGAGCUCAGCCUGCAGCCCGUACACACCGCCGGCUUCAAACACCAACGAGGAAGACUGCCGAGGAGCGUCAGAGACCGGAGCCGCGCCUUCAUACUCGGACUGUCUGAACAGAUCCUCGGCGGCCAUCUUCCUCCUGAGUCUUUGGGCUGCAUGGAUGAGUUCUGCGUCUUCAUCGACCCUCUCAAGUUCUCCGUCCACGACUCUUCGGCCUUCACGCUGCUCGCCUCCUCGGGGGACAAACCCGUCUUCAACGUGGUCCUGUCCGCCCUGUCUACUGGAGCGUUCCUGCCGCCCCUCCUGUUCUUCGGGGGAAACCCCUCACAUGUUCCCGAAGGUUUUCCUGACAACGUCCUGCUGGAGGCACGACGGGAAGGAUUCACCGACCAGGAACGCCACGAGAUCUGGAUCAACAAGGUGUGGCGCCCCCUUGUGACCUCACAGUGUAACAGUGAGUCUGUCCUGAUGGUGGACGUACAUCAGGGUCACCUGACAGACGACUUCAGAGACUCGUUGUCCUCCACAGACGUCGUCUUCAUCCCGUCAGGAUGCUCCAGUCGCCUGCAGCCACUCCAGGUCGCCGUCACACCUGUGCUCAAGGACUUCCUGCAGGCCCGGUGGACUCAGCUGGUCUCUGUGGGGGGUCUGGAUGGUCUGGGUCUGGAUCAACUGGCUCUGACUCUGGCGUGCUGGUUCAGUGAAGUCUGUUUCACUCUGAACACACAGACACACAUCCUGCACAGGUCGUUCGCCUCAGCGUGUAACCUGCAGGAGGUCGAGGAGCGAGGGGGGGCUGCCAGGAUGAUCAAGACUCUGAUGGAGGUUCUGGUUCAACCUCUGGAGACCUCAAAACCUCCACCAGACCCCGAUCCAGAACCAGAACUGGAGCUGCUGCUGGUGGUGGAGGAGGAGAGGAUGGAGGAGGGGAAGAGGAUGAAGGAGGAGAGGAUGGAGGAGGGGAAGAGGAUGAAGGAGGAGAGGAUGGAGGAGGAGAGGAUGAAGGAGGAGAGGAUGGAGGAGGAGAAGGAGAGGAUGAAGGAGGGGAAGAGGAUGAAGGAGGAGAGGAUGGAGGAGGGGAAGAGGAUGAAGGAGGAGAGGAUGGAGGAGGAGAGGAUGAUGAAGGAGGAGAGGAUGAAGGAGGAGAAGGAGAGGACGAUGGAGGAGGAGAGGAUGGAGGAGGAGAGGAUGGAGGAGGAGAAGGAGAGGAUGGAGGAGGAGAGGAUGGAGAAGGAGAGGAUGGAGAAGGAGAGGAUGAAGGAGGAGAGGAUGGAGAAGGAGAAGAUGGAGGAGGAGAAGGAGAGGAUGGAGGAGGAGAAGGAGAGGAUGAAGGAGGAGAGGAUGGAGGAGGAGAGGAUGGAGAAGGAGAGGAUGGAGGAGGAGAGGAUAGGCGAGUGUGAAGAGGAGGUGUUGGUUGGGAGUCCGUCUGCUCUGCAUCGUGUGUUUGAGGGAGAAAGCGACCAGGAGAUGUUUCACGGCUUUAUGGACGACUGACGGAGCGUCUGAUUCUCUUUUCUUUUUCUAAACUGAGACGACGUGAAGAUGAACAUCGUGUUAAGACUACAGAUCCUCCUUUGAGGGAUUCAAAGAACCACACAUCAAAUCAUCACUACACUAACUCUGCUGUCACUUUCUGUUUUCAAUCCAUCAGAAGAGCUUCAACAUGUGGAUCUGCUCUCCACCUGCUGAUUCAGAGAACAGAUGAAGUCACCUGUUGGUCAAACUGGUAGUCACCACUUUAUAUCUUAAAACAAAUAUAUCAAAUCUUUUUAAAGGGACGUCAGCCGAGACUAAAGGUCUGAUGUUCUAAUCAUCAGUUAGGAUGAAAUCAUGGAACUAUUUCAUCUUCAGGAGGAUUUAAAGUGUUAGAAGAAGAAACACUUUCAGUUUGUACAUUUCCUCUGCACCGAGGGUCAUGAAUUAUUUUGUUGUAAAAUAAAGAGAAAUAUUCACAUGAA